AUGGGACUUUGCUUUAGCUCCUCUACCUCUGCCCCUGCUAACGAAACCCCUACUUGUUCAACCACAGAAUUCAGCUCAGCAACCGCAUCACGUGGGACGAGCAACACAUCGGGCAGCAACAGCAGCAGCAUAUUCUCGGGAGGGGAUGAGUCGGGUCACCAGAAUCUGAGGGUUUUCUCGCUGGCAGAACUGAGAGCCGCCACCAAGAACUUCAGGAACGAUAUGGUGCUUGGGGAAGGUGGUUUCGGAAAGGUUUAUAAAGGGUGGCUUGACGAGAGGUCGUCAGGUCACAAGCCCGGAAGUGGUACUGUAAUCGCUGUCAAGCGCUUGAAUACCGAGAGCAUGCAGGGAUUCAACGAGUGGAAGUCUGAGGUGAAUUUCCUGGGGAGGCUUUCCCAUCCGAAUCUGGUGAAGCUGUUGGGUUACGGUUGGGAGGACUCUGAGCUGCUUCUGGUCUACGAGUUCAUGCAAAAGGGGAGCUUAGAAAACCAUCUUUUUGGAAGGGGUUCUGCAGUUCAGCCGCUCGGAUGGAAUACACGGCUUAUGAUAUUAAUCGGCGCAGCUCGUGGUCUUGCUUUCUUACAUGCUUCUGAUUGGAAAGUUAUCUACAGAGACUUCAAGGCUUCCAAUAUAUUGCUGGAUGGAGCCUACCAUGCAAAGAUAUCUGAUUUUGGCCUGGCCAAAAAUGGUCCAACAGCUAGUAAAUCUCAUGUAACUACACAGGUCAUGGGGACACAUGGCUAUGCUGCCCCCGAGUACGUGGCUACAGGGCACUUGUAUGUGAAGAGCGAUGUGUAUGGUUUUGGCGUUGUCUUGGUAGAGACUCUGACGGGUUUGCGAGCGCACGAUAAUAAUCGUCCAUCCGGACGGGCCGCCAAACUCGUGGAUUGGAUCAAGCCCUACCUAUCCGACCGGAGGAAGUUAAAGCAAGUAAUGGACUCGCGUCUCGAGGGAAGAUAUCCUUCUAAAUCCGCACUGCACAUAGCCCAGCUUGCCCUUAAAUGCCUCGAAAACGAACCUAAAAACAGGCCAUCAAUGCAGGAGAUAGUCGAGACACUAGAAAGGAUUGAUCUGGCCAACGAGAGACCUACAGAGCGUAGAGUGCAUUCCACCCAUCAAUCGCCGAAUCGAGCUGCCUUACAACAACAUUCUCUGCACCACCGUUCUCCACUUCAUCCAAGGCAUAAUCAGGUCAAUCGAGCCUAUCCACGCGCAUGA